CUCAGGCAAGUCCGGCCGACUCGGGACUACUUCUGUCUCCGAGGAAUUCGUCCUUAAAAACGAGGCAUUCCGGACUGCCGACGGCGAAAAGAUUGAAGAGAGACGAAAGAGACUCAAUUAUAUGGCCAACGCGAUAGAAUCUCAUUCUCGAAUCCCACCAUGGCGAAGCUCUCUCCAGCCCUCAAGGCCCUGAUCAACUCCCCCGCCGCCCGGCCCAACACCGUGCCUGCGCCUCGCAACAUCCAGUCCGUGUACGCCCGCAUCCAGCAGACGGCCCAGGUCCAGAAUGUCUCCCGGCCGUCGUGGUUGGCUUUGUCGGUAUGUUCUCGUCCCUGGUAGCCUAGAAGAAUCACUCAGAGCGAGUUGGGGAACAGACCGCCGCGACCAUGACCAUGAACUCGCCCGACUCCCUCACGGCGCUGUUCCAGCUCGUCACCACUUCUCUCCCCGCCACCGAGACCAUCGCAACCGCAGAGCUCAUGCGCGAGAUCGGCCUCAAAUGCAUCUCCUUCAAUGGCAUCCCCCGCACCAUCAACUGUCUGAAUGCCUUUAAAGCGAGCCUCCCGGCCGAGGUCGCCUCGCAGCUUGCGCGCCCCGCGACCCGCACGCCCAACCCCCAGAAUAUCGCGCAGAUCAGCGCGCGCGGCAAGGCCCUCUGGGACUCGAUCUACCGACCCUUUGAAACCAAGCUGUAUCAGAAGCUCGCGGACUCGCAUCCGGAUCUGCCGGUGCAUAUUCUGCACAGUCACUACGGGGCCCUGCUGUCGAAUCCGCCCGGGAGGACCACGGGAGCGGACAUCGGGCGCGUCGCCACGUCGGUGGUGGCCGUGGCCUGUCUCCGGGCGCAGACGGGCGUGGGACCGCAGGUGCUGUCGCAUGUGUUUGGGCUCCGGAAGGCCCUGGACGACGGGACCUGGGACGACGGGGAAUCGCGGUGGUUGGCGGCGGACGAGGGUACCCGAUGGAUUCUGGAGAGUGUGGAUGAGAUCGUGGCUUCGAUUGGGGAGGGAGGCUCGAAUUUUGCGCCAGGAUCGAAAUUGUAGUGUAUCUGUAUAGAAGAGACUUGAAUUUCAUAGAUCUAAUCUCUUACAUUAUACUCAAGCGACUCAAGAGACUGAAUUGAAUGUUACUGUAUCCGAAUCGGCCGAGAAACUCCUAUAUUUAAAUCAGCCAACCUCCCCAUCCGGAGCUGCUGAGCUUCUUCACUCUCGUUUCUUUCUUCUGUAUAUUCUCUUGAUUCUCUUGAUUCGGUUGAUUCGGUUGAUUCGGUUGAUUCUUUCUCUCCAUGUCUAAACUCACCGGCGCCCAGGUCGCCCGGCACAACUCCAAGGCCUCGUGCUGGGUCAUUGUCCACGGCAAAGCCUACGAUGUCACCGAAUUCCUCCCAG